AUUUAAUCAAUCAAUCAAUCCAAUACGUCCAUUUUCGUUCUAAAUUUAAUUUAUCUAUUUAGUUACUGGUCUUGGAUGGUGUCAUCACCCGCAGAUUGUCACUUCCCUUUUUCCUAUUUCUCUUCUCAUCUUUUUUUAUUUCUCUCCUCUCCAUCUGUCUUCCCGCUGCUGUUUUCGCUCUCCGCUUUCCCCUCUCUGCUUUCCUGCUGCUUUCUUGCUUUUGCUUCCUCCCUCCCCUCUUCUUCCUCUUCUUCCCCCCUCUUCACCUUUUUCUCUUUGCGCCCGUUUCUUUCUCCUCCCUAUCUUCUCCCAGUCUUAUUGCUUGUCGCACUUCCCUGUGACCCCCCCCCCCCCCAAUUGAUCUUCCAAGCAAAGUGUAAAUCGUGGGGUGAGGCGCACGCCGAGCAUCCACUUGGAACCAAAACGUCAUCAUCAUCCACAGCCCGAACCUUGGCCGCAACUAGGCAGACGGAUUCUACGCUGAUUUCCCCUUCUAGAAUCUUAAUUUGAUUCUAUUCACCAUCACCCCUGUCAGCUGCAGUUAUAAAGUCAAUGAUUGCCCGACCAGCAGGUUGAAUACCCACUGUGCUCGAGCAACUCAACCAUGACUUCUGCGGACCUCUCCUCCGUUCCCAACGGAGUCCAGUCGGGCGCUGCUGCUGCUUCCCCAGCCGCUUCCAACCCCGCGCCCGGCCAGAUCCUCACCGGAAAACAAGAACAUUGUCAGUUUUCCCCGAUCGCGUCCCGUUUAAUCGCUUUGGAGUCUUCGAGGGUCUCUUUCUGACCGAUGCAGAUCUCAAGCGCGAACUCAUCGCCCGC